GGCAGACGCUUAACCUACUGAGCCACCCAGGCGCCCCAGGACACAGCAAUUCUUAGCCUUGUUUGUUCAUUCGCCAUUCCCCCAGCUACUUGUUGAGGACCUACAGUGCUCCAGGGCCCACUCCACACACUAGGGACACUUCCUUUUGUGAACAAAACUGACAAAUUUCCCAGCCUCUGGGAGCUUAUGCUCCUUGAUGGAGACAGGUCAUCAACAAAAACAGAAACACUUACUAAAUUAAUUCUAAUGUCACAACUGCGAGGAAGGAAACAAAGAGAUGUGUGGCCCAGAGAAUUGCAGGGGACACGUGGUGAUUGCCUCUUUGAGGAGGCGACAUAGACGUCGAAACCAGGGGACGAGAAAGCAAAGAAGCAUGAGGAAAAAUGUUCUAGACCAAGGGAAUGGCAUGUGCAAAGGCCCUGCAGUGAAGGGAGAAAGAUGGAGCCCUGGAACUUUUAUCCUUAUCAAGUAGGUCAAGAUCCUCAGUGCACCAAAUUUAAGAGAGAGGAGUCAAAAAGAAUAACAUCGACUUUUGGAGUGUAUAGUUUGCAUGGGUUUUAACAUUGAGGGUAGACUUCAAAAUCCAUUAUGAUCGAAAGCAUUCCCUUUCAUUUAGUCACUCAUGUAACAGAAACUUUGAGCAUCUACGGGGUGUCAGGUGCUGGUUAACCACUGGCGAUUCAGCAGUAACCAAGAGACACACAGUCCCCGCCUGGCUGUUGCUCAGAAUGUCGCUGAAAGCACCCUGAGCAGUGUGCUCUGGUGGAAGACUGGACCCCAGAGGAAAGAGUGACUCAUACUCUUUGGAGAGGUUGAAGACUGACAGAGGAGACGUCAUUUGAACUGGAUUUUGAAGACUGAGUGGGAGGCUGCAGUCUACCGCAGACCGUAGAGAGUUUUGGUGGCUGAAAGAGCACGUGCUAAGCCCCAAGCCCUGCCCAGGCCCCACUGGAGAUGAUGAUUGACCUGAGACAUUCAGCAAUCCUGUUCCUGAAUCAUGCGUGAGGGAAAGAAGGCACGGGGGGGUAACCAAAGCGAUCCUGAGAGUCAGCAUGCCGUGUGGCUCAGCGGCCGCUCUGUUCCUGCUGAUGCUCCAGGGUGCCUGGGGUUGCCUAGACCUCGUCUGCUACACUGAUUACUUACAAAGAGUCACCUGCACCCUGGAGACAAGGACCCUCCACCCCAGCACGCUCACCCUCACCUGGCAAGACCCAUAUGGGGACCUGGAGGACGAGGUGACCUCCUGCAGCCUCCACCGGUCCGCCCACAAUGCCACUCACGCCGAGUACACGUGCCACAUGGAUGUGUUUCACUUCAUGGCCGACGACAUUUUCAGUGUCAACGUCACAGACCAGUCUGGCAGGUUCUCCCAGGAGUGCGGCUCCUUCAUCCUGGCUAAGAGCAUCAAGCCGUCCCCCCCUUUCAACGUGACCGUGACCUUCUCGGGGCAUUAUAACAUCUCCUGGAGCUCCAGUUAUGAUUUCUUCGCGCUGAAGGGCAAGCUGCAGUAUGAGCUGCGGUACAGGAAGCAGGGAGGCCCCUGGGCUCUGGGUCCGAGGAGAAAGCUGAUCUCGGUGGACUUGAGGAGCGUCUCUCUCCUUCCCUUGGAGUUCCAGAGUGACUCGAGCUAUGAGCUGCAGAUCCGCGCAGGGCCCCAGCCCGGCUCCUCCUUCCAGGGGACCUGGAGCGAGUGGAGUGACCCGGUCACCUUUCACACCCAGCCGGAAGAGAUAAAGGGAGGCUGGCACACUUACCUGCUCUAUCUCCUCCUUGUCAUCAUACUCCCCAUCCUGGUCUUCUUAGGCCUGAAGAUCCACCUGCCUUGGAGGCUGUGGAAGAAGGUGUGGGGGCAGGUGCCCAACCCACAGAAGUUCUUCCAGCCCCUCUAUGUGGGCCAGAGUGGAGACUUCAAGAAAUGGGUGGGUGCACCCUUCACUGCCUCCAGCCUGGAGCUGGGACCCUGGAGCCCCGAGGUGCUUUCACCCCUGGAGAUGUUCAACCUUUGCCCACCACAGAGCGCCACCAAGGGGCCGCAGCCCAUGCCUCUGCCCGAGCCCACCGACCUGGUGGAAGCCGACGAGGGACCUGAGCCCGACUCCUGCGGCCCGGCCCCCGCCACCACCGGCAGCUUGGGUGGCUCGGCUUACAGCCAGGAGAGGGACCAACCGUACAGUGUACUGUCCAUCGACACGGUGACCGUAGCAGACAUGGAGGGGCCAUGUGCCUGGUCCUGCACCUGUGGGGAUGACGGCUACCCAGCCCUGAACUUGGACGCCAGCCUGGAGCCCGGCUCAGGCACCGAGGACCCGCUCUUAGACACUGGGACCACAGUCCUCUCCUGUGGCUGCGUCUCGACUGGUGGCCUUGCCGGGCCGGGAGGCCCUCCUGGCAGCCUCCUUGACCGGCUAAAGCUGCCCCUUGAAGAUGAGGCAGGUUGGACCCCAGGCCCGCCGUGGAGUGGCGAGCCCCCCGGAGGGGCAUCUGACAGCGAAGCGGGCUCGCCUCCCGCCGGCCUGGACAUGGACACUUUUGAUAGUGGCUUCGCGGGCUCUGACUGCGGCAGCCCUGUGGAGUGUGACUUUACCAGCCCCCGGGACGAGGGGCCCCCCAGGAGCUACCUCCGCCAGUGGGUGAUCAUGGCCCCGCCACCCGAGGGACCCGAGCCCCAGGCCAGCCAGUGAGGCUGACCGGCCAUCCAGAGCCAUUCGGCCCGAGCCAGAGCUGGGCUCGCCUGGGCCAUGGGGUAAAGUGGCCUGUGACCUUUGGGCUCCCAGAUGGGGCCCCUGAGCCUGGUUGACGCCUGGCGUGCAUGUGUGGCCCCAGGAGCGCAUGGGUGUGUCCGUGUGUGGGAGCAGGUGCCCGUGGGCGCGGGGGAAAGACGCACAUGUGUCUGGGACUGUGUGCACACGAUGACAGCCUCCCUCCUUUCUGGACGUGGGGCGGCCCCCCACGGACCCUGCCCUGCGGGGCCUGCCUCCAGGAACCGUGAGAAGUCCCUGCUGUUCCUUUUCAUGUCUCAGGGGGACAGGAAGGGGAUGGAGUGAGCCCAUGGGGACCCUGGCUGUGGGAAGGUUUGUGGGGGCCUGUGGACCGAGGUCUGCAUCCCAGCUGUGAUGCCCCUGAGCUGUGCCACUUUGGGCAAGCCGCUUCCCCUUUCUGGGCUGGCUACUGGGGGGGGGGUCCCACAGGUGGCAUGGCCCCCCUCGGGGAGAAAUCGGUGAGGUCACCCACUGUACAGGCUGCAGCAGAGCAGACCCUCAAUAAAUUCAGCUUCCUUCCUUCAGGGGCCCA